AUGCUUUUGAGGAUUCCAAAAACUGAUCCCAUAUAUGGGUAUCCUGCACUGAUUUUAGGAAUUGUCCUCACAGUUUUGGCCUUAACUUUUCUCUUCUUGACAUCUGGAAGAAAUCCUGGAAUAGUGCCGAGAAAUUCACUGCCACCUGAAUUAGAUGAAACAUUCCCUACAGCAUCCACUGAGUGGAUCUAUAGUGCAACUCGUGAUUUGAAAUUACCAAGAACAAAGGAUGUGUUUGUAAAUGGCCACAUGGUUAAAGUGAAGUAUUGCGAUACUUGUUGUCUAUAUCGUCCGCCACGUGCUUCUCAUUGCUCAAUUUGCAACAACUGUGUGGAGAGGUUCGAUCAUCACUGUCCAUGGUUAGGUCAGUGUAUUGGAAUUGUAAGUCAUUCAACUCUAAUCAUCUGUUUAUGGGCUUUGAAGUAUUUUAAUUUUGGAUAA